AUGACUCGUCGCAUCGUCGGUGGCAUCGGUGGCAACGUGCGAGCGGAUGGGAUGGAUCCAGUUUGGAACGGCGGGCUUGUCGGCGUUCUCGUUUUCAUUUCGACUUCAUUUGCAUCGGUGACCGGUCAUCGUCAUUCACUAGCAUUUUCUCGAUUGCCCCCACUAGGACGUGCAAGGGAGGGGGGUACUUCACGGGUGAUGACCGGGGAGACGGAGUGA